UAGAAAAAUAGACAACGACCUUUUUUUAGAAAUUUGGUGUAUGAUAAUCCUUAUUGAAUUUUUCCACUAAAUGUUUCGUAAGCAAAACCCUUUUAAAAGGGCAUUCGUCGUGUAACUUGAACUUUUAUACGGAUUCACUAAACACUUCACUUCAAAAUUGGAGAUAGGCUCUAUUUUUAUAACAAAAACGUACAAGGAAAUUUGGUAUUUUAUUUUUUAUAGCAGUUAGUCUUUGUGGAAUUAGAUAUUUUUAUUGUUGACAAUACAUCCAACAUGGAAGAAACAGUGCAAAAGAUUUUAAAAGCGCAAGACACAAGAACACAGUUGUAUAAAGAAUUUGAAGAGGCUUUGAAGGCAAAUCAUGAAAAAACAAUUGGAUUAGAGCAAAUGGGAAUCGUCGUCCAACUUGUAACAGAAGGUUUGAAUGAGGUUUCUUUGGACAUCAGGAAAUUUCAAGCGGAUUUGGGCAGCUCUCGGUUACAGAGCUAUGUGGAUCAAUUGCAAGAAUUGGAGCAUUCCAAAUUACGAAAGACAAUAAAAAUCGAACAACUAUCCCUACCUUCAAAUAUAGAAGAUAAUCAUUCGGAGAUUGAGCAGCUCAAAGAAGAGAUUCAUGCUACAAUUAUGAAAAUCAAUGAUACAAUUCAAAGUAUAAAGGACGAACUUUGAAGUUGGAUUUCUGUUUCUUUUGUCAUUCAACUAGCCAGAAUACGUGGUAGAAGGAGAAUUGUUUACCUUUUAUUCGAUAUAAUGAAAAGGAUAGAAGUACAACAACUGAACAAGUUCAUUGGAGCUGGGUUGAAUGUUUCUUAGUGAAUCUACAAUUACAGACUAUACCAAAAGAAGGGCCUCAAAAAUCUUACGAAAAAAAGCUAAGAUUCUUUUUCUUCUAAGCGAUUUAAAGAACGCUUACGGAGCUUGGUUUUGGUUUGUGGACAAUGUGUAUAUAUGGUGAGUAGAAUGCGUAUCCACUUAGACUGAAAUAAGAGUCAUACAUAUAAAUUUAGUUUUAAGAAAAUAGAAAGUUUUAAGAUUAUCGAAGGUUUUUGUAGACUCUAGCAUCCUUGCAGGGUUGUUUAUUCGGUAUAGUCUGAUGAAUAUGUCAAUGAGUAUUCUCUGAGGGCUAAUGUUUACUAUCUUGUACCUAUUUUGAGUUUAUAAAUGAAAAAAGGAAUCUCUACUUGUACGUUUGGAAGGAUUUAACUUUGAGAUUCUUCGUUCAAAAUUCGAGUUGUAUUAUACACCUGAAUGAAAAACAAUUCAUAUAUAAGAAAGAAAAAUAGAUAUAAUGAAAGGAGUUAUAGUAAAUUACAUAGUUAAAAUGCUCACCAAAUUAUGAUGACAGACUUCCCGUCUCUUCUCUUUAGCCUAUACCGUUU